AUGGAUAAGGCAAAAUAUACUGAACAAGUAAACGAGAUGCUUGGAGAUCAAACAGUUUAUACACGCAUCACCGAUAAGAGAAGAAAUCCCACCAAACGGACGGAAACUGACUUAGAGAAUAUACUGAAAGAGCUUCGACGCUCGGGAAACAUAACUGAUAGAGAAUAUUGGCAGCUACGAGCUUUUGAUUCUUCCCCUGCUACAUUUUAUGGUUUGCCAAAAGUCCAUAAAGUGUCUCUCAUCUGCAACCAAGACCACUAUACCCUGGGCGAAAGUUCUGUGGACGUCAUUCCUUUACGUCCAAUUAACAGCAACAUUGGUUCACCUACAUAUUCCCUAUCAAAAUACCUUGCAAAAUUGUUAAAGACCUUUUGCGCAAAAAACGAGUUUUCUAUAAGUAAUGGGAAAGAAUUCGCUGAUUUUGCCAAAAGUCAAACGUUAGGGACGGAUGAAACGAUCGUCUCUUUUGAUGUUGUGUCCUUAUUCACAUCCAUACCUGUUCCGUUUGCCUUGCAUAUUGUACAAAAGAAACUUAAAGAAACUGAUUCAUGGAAGUCACAUACAGCACUGAAAGAAGAACAAGUUGUGAAACUAUUAAAAUUCCUACUUAACAAUUGUUACUUUAAAUUCAAUGAGACACACUAUCAUCAGAAGUCAGGAUGCGCCAUGGGAUCACCU